UCUAUAUAUAUUAAUGGAGUCUUGCUAGAUCUAAUUAGGUGGGCAUAGACUACGUAAGAGGCACUAUGGUAAGCUCAUUCGGAGUAAGGAAAGGUGCAUGGACCGAAGAGGAGGAUAUACUUCUACGGAAGUGCGUAGAGAAAUAUGGUGAAGGAGGAUGGUGUCAAAUUCCUCUCAAAGCAGGUUUGAAUAGAUGCAGGAAAAGCUGUAGAAUGAGGUGGUUGAACUAUCUUAAGCCAAAUGUCAAGAGAGGACAGUUUUCAGUGGGCGAAGUAGACUUGAUUAGCAGGCUACACAAGCUGCUUGGCAACAGGUGGUCAUUGAUUGCCGGUAGACUUCCAGGAAGAACAGCAAAUGAUGUAAAGAAUUAUUGGAACACAAACCUGCGUAAGAAGGUGGUUUCUAGCACUAGAGAAGCUCAAACAGAACCCGAACCAGAACCAGAACCAGAACCAGAACCAAAAUCAAUAACAAAAGACAACAUAAUAAAGCCUCGACCUCGGAACUUCAAAAAUUUAUGUUGGUUAAGAGCUGGAAAAGGAACUCCAUUUAUUAAUGUUGGUUCCCAAUAUGGGGACGAUCUUUGCAAGCCAUAUUCUACCAUAGCAUUUCCACCUUCCGGUACCGAUGAAGUUGAAAGGACGUGGUGGGAAAGCCUGUUAGAUGACAAAGAAAUUAAUCUAACGAACAGCAACAGUUGUCAAAACAGCUGUCUGGGUUCUGCUUCAGCAGCUAACCAAGAGCCCAUCAACAGUACUCUUUUUGUAGAGGACAACCCACCAGGAGGGAUAAUGAUUGGGGAUGUGUUCUCUGACCAAGGACAAAAUCGUUGGGGCGACAUUUCUUUUGAUGCAGACCUUUGGAGCCUAAUCGAUACAGAAAUAGAUCAACAAUGACUUGAAGGACUUAAUUUAGCUCGUAUUGUUGUAAUAUUUGUUAUCACACUGAUACAUUAUUAUUAUUAUCAAGUGUUCUUUUCCUAUGUAUUAAAGAAUUUCCACAAAAAUUUCUUGUUAUUUUUAAACGUGAGAUUGAUGUUUUUUUUA